UUUAACAUCCGCUUCCGGUUAAAAACUAAUUUAUUUUUGCAACUUUAAACUAUGUUUUUGUACAUUUUGCAUACGUUCUGACGUGUUCAUACAAAAUAUAAUCAUGGUUUUGAUAUUCACCGACACAACUAGUAUAUUGUCUGCAGAAUUUGUGUCGAUAUUCUCAGCGGAAAAGCUUGCCCUUGCAUUGGUCAGAAUUGGUCAAGACACUGGUGUGGAAUUUAGCCAGGCACAAAAGUCGUUUUCAAUAAUUGGCGAUUGGAGCAAGGUUACUCAAGCCCAUGCAAGCCUACAAGAGUGUUUUGAAAAGGAGCAGCGAGCAAAGGAAAACGAACAAAAGCAUGAAAAGGAAGCGUCAUAUUUGAGCCAGAAUCAAAAUGUCUUGUCAAAUGAAGGAAGACGUGGAAGAAAACCUGGGUGCACUGUGGCUAAAUCUGCAUAUAAUGUAGUUCCUGAACCCUAUGUUCAGUACCAUAAUGAUCAGGGUCUACCAGUAGCUGUAAAGUCACAAAAGAGGGAAAGAAUCAAUUCCAAAAUUAUUGAUGAUGUAGAUAAAACUGGUAAGAAAUCACUCAAUGAAUCCGGAACUUCAGAUGUUGAAAACCAUUAUGAUUACCAAGAUAAUGGGAAAAAUGAUAAAGAUCUUCCAGUCAUUAAGCCAGAACAAGAAUGCAGUAUUAUUAACACUGAUAAUGAAUAUAUUACUGUGAAGGAAGAGCUUGAUGAAAAUGCUGUAUAUUCAUGUAUGGAUGAUGAUACAGAUGUUGAUGAACAAUACUUAGAUAAUAGUGAUGUGGAGAAAGUAAAUCCUACAAGCUCAAAAGAACUUGAUCCAGAGGUUAAAGUCAAAGUUGAAAAAAUAACUUCCGAUGAUGAAAGAAUAGACAACUCAAAAUCAAGACGAAAAUCAAAACCACAAAAGUAUGUUCCACAGGUGCCUUUGCAAGAGGAAGAUAAAGCUAUAAAGAAAAACACCACAACGCAAAAAGCUAAAAAAAGCAAAGGAAGGCCAAGGCUAAAAGAAAAUCAAACAGAUGUAGGCAAAAAGAAAAGGAAAAAGAAGAAAAAGAUGGCAAAAAUUGAAGAUGAAAAUACUGAAUUUAAAUGUGACAAGUGUGAAUAUAUUGGAAAGAAAAAAGAAAAUUUAAGAGAACAUACACAGCGCAUGCACAGAAAUAAAUUUUCUUGUGAAACUUGCAAAAAACAGUUCGGUUUGCACAAAGAUUUGUUGCGUCAUACACGUCAUGUUCACACAAAUCCAGCAUACCACUGUAAAAUUUGUGAUAAAUUUUACAAAUUUAGCAGGGCAUACAAAGAACAUAUGUUAAGUCAUGAGGAAAAUUAUGUAAAACCCCAGUUUGAAUGUGAAAUAUGCCAUAAAGUCUUUAGCACUAAAUAUGUACUAACAGCUCAUGUGAAGUCUGAACAUCUGGGUAUGAAGAAGUCGUUCAUGUGUCCAACUUGUGGAAGAAGUUUCACACAGAAAAAUUCAUACUUAAUGCAUGCAAAUGUUCAUGCAGGAAUCAAACCGUAUGUUUGUGAUGUCUGUGGCAAGGCCUUUUCAUAUGAUAAAUCGCUGAAAGAACACAAAUACAUGCAUGAUGAUGAGAGAAGGUUUAGCUGUGAUAUCUGUGCUAAAACAUUUAGACAGAAAACAAGUCUACUCAUGCAUAUGAAAGUGCAUAAAGAUGCCAGAGACUACAUCUGUACAUCUUGCGGAAAAGGAUUCACCCAAAAGCAAGCUCUGUUACGUCACGAGCGUAUCCACAGUGGUGAUAAACCUUUCAAAUGUGCUCUGUGUUCACGUUCUUUUAAUGACUACUCAAUUAUUCGUCGCCAUAUGAUGAUGCACCAUAAAAGAGACAAAGAUCCGAAAACUUGGCGAGGGGAUAUUAUAUGCUCGUUAAAGAGAAAAACUGAAUUUUACAUAGAAGGAGGCCCUGGUUAUAAUGGUGGUGAUAGAUUGCCCACUGUUGAAUCUGAGGCGGAUGCUAGUUUGAAAGCAGUGGCUGACAGCGCUGUAGACAUACCUGAUAAACACUUAGAGGAUGCGGAAGAAGCUGAUUUGGCAGUUCGAAAUGUUAAUUCUUUAGGAAAAUUAUCAGAUAAUUCUGCAGCAAUUUCUCAGCAAAAUAGCGAGAGUUAUGUGCCUUCGAAUACAGAUAGUCCAACAAAUUUACCAGAUUGUUCAGGAGUGGAUAGACCUUAUCACUCACAAGGGAUGUCAGAAACAUCAGAUGCCAUCAAUAAAAUGCAAGACUCGGACCCAACUGCUUCACCAUCAUUACCUAUUAACUAUAGUAUGCCAACCAAUUACCAGUCUAAUGUACAGAAUGUGCCAGUAACUUCAGUUCCGAGUACUGACAAUGAUGAAAUUCAAAGACAGUACAAUGAUAUGAUUGAUUCAUAUCGAAUGCAAGGUCAACAUAGGGAUAUUUUUAUACAAAAUUUGUCUUCCAUGGCUCCACUGCCAGGUUUACCACAGAGCCAUCAACUACCCCCAGUAUCAGGGGAAGCAACACAUGGGCAGCCACGCCCCAAUCCCUGGGGUAUUCCUGGCUACCCGCCUUAUUACAGUCCAGCAAACUUUUCACAUUACCAAGGUCCUCAAAGUUAGAAAUAUAUUUAACAUUGGGAACUUUUUUGUGAGUUUGUCAGUAUGUUGUAUUGAACAGGGACUCCAGCAUAGAUGGUUAAACAAAUAUGGCACAAACAAUAAAAAAAAUACAAAUUGAAGAAGUUUUCUUGCAUGCCAGACAGGAUUUUCCUGGGGGUUUUUUUUGCCAGUACUGGAAAAACUCACCUUACCCCCUGGGGUGUAAGAUGACUUGUGCUGUAAUUUAUGAAUGAAUGUGUAUAUUCAUGGGCAACUAUAAAAAUUGUACUUAAAAGAAAAAAAGCAUUCAGUUUAUUUUUAUUUCAUCUAUUAUUUGAAGGGUACAGCAUGCUAGAAAAAGUUUUUGUCACAGGUAGAAGCUGCGGAUGGAAAUAUUUGGCUCUCAGGGUGUGUUUUGUGGUAUUAGCAACUGGGCAGAAGCUUGUUCACGCCUAAACAGUUACUCUCGAGCCAGAUAUUUCAACCAACCAGUAUAAGAUUCUUAUGACAUACAGUGUGGCAUAUGAUUUUUUAGCUGGACUAUAUGAAGAAUAAGGAGGGCUGUUGUACACACGCUAGCGUCAUCUUUACUGUUACUGUUUUAUUUUAGGUAAAAGGUUUGUGGCAAGCUUCACAUCUUCACUAUUGCCUCUAUUGUCAUCAGACUAAACAAAAUGAUCUGCUUUGGUAAGGGGCAUACAUGGUAGUUUAAGUCAGGAACAUGUAUCUUGAAGUUCAAGGUCACUGUGGUUAAAUGUUGUAAUAGUGCUGGUUAAAGUUUUAUGGCAAGAUACUCAGUUUCUCUAUAUCUUUUUAAAUUAUACCUCUUUAAUUAUCAAAUCUUACAGGUGUAUUUUUGUAGAAUUUGUUAAAAGUUUUAUGCUAUUUCCUUAGUAGAGUGAUCCUUCUAACCCCCACUUCUAACCCCUUCUCUCUCUCCUACUACCCCACUGACCCCCUCUUCUAACCACUUCCCUCUUAUUCUACUACCCCACUGACCCCCUCUUCUAACCCCUUCCCUCUAUUCUACCCCCACUCCCCGACCCCCACCCCCCACACACACGCAUUAUACCCUACUACCCCACCUUUCAAAAUUACACUUAUUUAACUGAUACGGCCCUUGUACCCACUUUUAAAUGUUGUUUUUUUCUGUCCAUUUCGCUCUCUUACUUUACAUGUAUAUCAUUAAAAUAUUAACGUCUUUGUAAACAUUUUUGAAUAGUCAAGGGUGCAGUCCUGUUGGCAUGAAAGUGUAUUAAUGUCUCUGCUUUAUUAGCCCACCAUCAUCAGAUGGUGGGCUAUUAAAAUCACUCUGCGUCCGUGGUCCGUCCGUCCGUCAUUCCGUCCGUCCGUCCGUCCGUCCGUCCGUUAACAAUUUCUCGUUAUCGCAUCUCCUCAGAAACUACUGGGGGGAUUUUGACCAAACUUUGUCAGAAUGAUGUAUUGGUACCCUAGUUGUGUCCCCCUGAAAAUCAGACUGGUUCAACAAUUUAUGAGUGAGUUAUGGCCCUUUGUUUAUUUCUAUAUUUUACAUAGAUUUAUAUAGGGAAAAACUUUGAAAACCUUCUUAUCCAAAACCACAGAGCCUAGGGCUUUGAUAUUUGGUUUGAAGCAUCAUCUAGUGGUCCUCUACCAAGAUGAUACAAAUUAUUUCUCUGGGGUCAAAUAUGGCCCCGCCCUGGGGGUCACAUAGUUUAUAAUGACUUAUAUAGGGAAAAACUUUGAAUAACCCCUUGUCCAAAACCACAGGGCCUAGGGCUUUGAUAUUUUGUUUGUGACAUCAUCUAGUGGUCUUCAACUAAGAUUAUUCAUAUUAUACCCCUAGGGUCAAAUAUGGCCCCGCCCUGGGGGUCAUAUGAUUUAUAUAGACUUAUAUAAGGAAAAACUUUGAAAAUCUUCUUGUCGAAACCACAAAGCCUAAGGCUUUGAUACUUGCAAUGUAGCAUCAGCUAGUGGUUCUCUACCAAGUUUGUUCAAAUUAUCGCCCUAGGGUCAAAAAUGGCCCCGCCCCAGGGGUCACAUGGUUCAUAUAGACUUAUAUAGGGAAAAGCUUUUAAAAUGUUCUUGUCAAUAACUACAACAUUUAAAUUUGGACCACAUGUAUAUUUUUGAGUGGCAAGAUGACCCUUGACAUGAGUUGACCUUGAUUUUGACCUAGUGACCUACUUUCACAUUUCUGUAGCUACAGCCUUCAAAUUUGGACCACAUCUAUAUUUUUGAGUGGCAAGAUGAACCUUGACAUGAGUUGACCUUGAUUCAAAUUUGGACCAUAUGCAUAGUUCCGUGUUUCAAAAUGAAAUUUGACAUUGAUUUUGACCUAGUGACCUACUUUCACAUUUCUCAAGCUACAGCCUUCAAAUUUGGACCACAUGCAUAGUUUUGUGUACCGAAAAAACCUUGACCUUCACAUUGACCUAGUGACCUACUUUCACAUUUUUAAGGUACAGGCUUCAAAUUUGGACCACAUGCAUAGUUUUGUAUUCCGAAAUAAAAUUUGACCUUGAUUUUGACCUAGUGACCUACUUUUACAUUUCUCAAGCUACAGCCUUCAAAUUUGGACCACUUGCAUAGUUUUGUGUACCGAAAUGAACUUUGACCUUUACAUUGACCUAGUGACCUACUUUCACAUUUUUAAGGUACAGGCUUCAAAUUUGGACCACAUGCAUAGUUUUGUAUUCCGAAAUAGAAUUUGACCUUGAUUUUGACCUAGUGACCUACUUUUACAUUUCUCAAGCUAUAACCUUCAAAUUUGGACCACAUGCAUAGUUUUGUAUACAGAAAUGAACUUUGACCUUUACAUUGACCUAGUGACCUACUUUCACAUUUUUUAAGGUACAGGCUUCAAAUUUGGACCACAUGCAUAGUUUUGUAUUCCGAAAUAGAAUUUGACCUUGAUUUUGACCUAGUGACCUACUUUUACAUUUCACAAGCUACAGCCUUCAAAUUUGGACCACUUGCAUAGUUUUGUGUACCGAAAUGAACUUUGACCUUAAGAUUGACCUAGUGACCUACUUUCACAUUUCUGUAGCUAUAGGCUUCAAAUUUAGACCACAUGCAUAGGAUUGUGUACCGAAACAAACUUUGACCUUGACAUUGACCUAGUGACAUACUUUCACAUUUCUCAAGCUACAGCUUUCGAAUUUGGACCACAUGCACAGUGUUGUGUACAGAAAUGAAAUUUGACCUUGAGGUAGUCAGUAAGUCUUGAAAUUUGGAACACUCAAAAAUGGCACAUUGGUGGGCGCCAAGAUCACUCUGUGAUCUCUUGUUUUUAAAUUGUCAUAUAAAAAUGGCAUUUACUCAGUUGCUGCAAUCUUAAAAACUUGACUGUUUAUAGCUUUAAAGUAUUUUGUUCUUCCCAGUUACUAAAAUUUUAUAAUCGGGCUUCAUGUUAUUAUGUGAAAUAUCACAGUUUGUUAUUGGUUUUUUAUUGUGAAUUUUUAAGAUAGUUUUAUAAAAGAUCUUAGUCGUAUGUAAAAAUAAUGUACAUCAAGGUAUUUGAUGACUGCCUUAUAAUUAUCUCUGGUGGCUAGCUACAGUUACAAGUUCAUUCUGGCUGUCCUUCCAUCUCCAGUUUGUAUAUUAAACUAUAUACUGUUACAUUUCAAGAUGAAUUUUGACCCCUGAGUGUCUUGGUUCCUUUAAUAUUACAUAAACUUUAACCCGUUAUGGGCAUUUUGCUCAGAAAAUAAAUGGAAUCAGUGUCUAAACAGUAACAGGUACAUGUAUUUUGGUCAUAGGACUUUCACAGUCUGAAAGAGAACCGAGAAAUCUAAAUAAAGUUUUUAGGGAUAACUCUGCCAUUUACUGCUACUUCAUGGUGGAAGUGGCUCAUAUUUCUUUCAUGAUGGUUUUAAAAGGAGACCAUAUAAUUACUAAUUUUAUGUGUAUUUAUGUUAUGUGUGAUUGAUCUGAGUUUUAAAGCAUGGCAGUCUGUACCUGUAUCACUAAUGGGCCUUUAAUUAGUGAAAUAUUACUGAAAAAUUUGAGAACAAUCUGGUUAUAAAUUUUAGCUGAUUUUUUACUUGACGGAAGAUUGCUUUAAAACAUUUACAUGACAACAUACUUAUAAAUUCAAAAAUAUUUUGAGUGAUAAUUAACUUUUGCUUAUUCAGCAUUUUUUAAAAAAAUAUUCCUGAUGAAAAUGCAGAUUUUAAUUUCAAUCUGAUUUCAAGAAUAAACCUUGCAUUAUUACUGAAAAAUCAGGAAUAUUUGUUGGGGACUAAUUUUCAUGAACUUUAUGGUUCAGUCAAUCCAAGAAGUUAAAUCCCAAUGAACAAAUAAAAUUGCCAGUCAUUUUAUAUGCAAAUGUCAAAAUCUUAUAUCCCCACGAGGUAACCACUUUUGCCAAAACCACAAAAACUAUGUGCCCAUGAAAUUUAAUUAUUUCAAAGUGUUCUGUUUCCAUAAUUAGCGAAAUUUUUGUUACAUGAAGACACCUGUUGAUAGAUACUAGUAUGUAGAUUUGCAUGAAAAAACAAAUUUUUAUAUUUUUACUUUGAUUUCGUUAUAUUCAAGUUUAAGUCUGGUAUAUAGUACAUGGAUUGUUCUUGUCUAUCUUCAUGUUUCUCUUAAUGAAACAGUAUUAUAAAUACGUUUGUUUAGGGAUACAGUCAUGAUUUGGUUUGGUUUUCUUUGCCGAGAUUGUAUAGAUUCAAGUCACAAAAGAUCAGCUUUUUUCUCAUGCCUAGCUACUUAAGAGUACAUAUUUUGCUUUAUUAUUUUAAGAUUUUUGACACAAACUGGAAAUACCAGUUUUUUUCACCUAAAGAUCACCAACAGAAACCACAUGCUGUUUAAACAUUAAUACUGCUGGAGAACUAAUUUUUGUGGUUGAGUCAAUACGCGAAAUUUAAGUGCAGUAGUAAUGUUUUGAUUUUAUAUUUAGUUGUCAAAAUCCAUGCAUUUAUACCCUUUUGGCCAAAACCACAUUUUUUUUGCCAUGGAAUUGAAUGAUGUCACUGUAUUAUUUUUUGUGACUUUAUGAGAAUGAAAACUUCAGAAUUGUGCAAUAUGUUCAAAGUCUUACCAGUUAUAAAAUAUAUGGGUUUUUUAUGUUUUACUGUAUAAAUGAGUGUGAGUCUGCCUGUCUGUCUGUCUGUAAAGAUAGCCUGGUAACUGUUGGUUUAAGAUUUUCUGCUGUAUUAGACUAAUUGAGUCUAGGCUACAUGUAUGUUAAUUUAUAUUCAAAUAGAUAUUUAGGUUCAAAUGUGUCAUUUUUGUUUCAUUUCAUAGAUAAAAUAAUAUAUGGCUCAUUUUAACUGGCUAAAUUUAAGAUAUGUUAUUUGCUCUCUAUUUUUUAACUGGGUUUGCUUCUUUCGAUAUUUGUUACUUUUACUAAGCUGUCAAAUACUAGGGAGUUUUGUACAACUUGAAAAUUUAGAAAUAAUUAACUAGUAGGUUUUAAGAAAGAUGUAAAUCUGACAAAAGUACAGUAAUUCCCUACAAGUAAAUGACAAAUUCUCCACAUGCAGUUGAAAUUUCAAAAAAUAAUGAAGUUUUUAGCUCAUCUGAUUUUUUGAAAAAAAAAUAUAGCUCAUCUGAUUUUUUGAAAAAAAAAUGAUGAGUUAUUGUCAUCACUUGAGCGGUUGUUGGCGUCGGCGUCUGCGUCGGCGUUGCCUGGUUAAGUUUUAUGUUUAGGUCAGCUUUUCUCCUAAACUAUCAAAGCUAUUGCUUUGAAACUUGGAAUACUUGUUCACCAUCAUAAGCUGACCCUGUAUAGCAAGAAACAUAACUCCAUCUUGCUUUUUGCAAGAUUUAUGGCCCCUUUUGUACUUAGAAAAUAUCAGAUUUCUUGGUUAAGUUUUAUGUUUAGGUCAACUUUUCUCCUAAACUAUCAAAACUAUUGCUUUGAAACUUGGAAUACUUGUUCACCAUCAUAAGCAGACCCUGUACAUCAAGAAACAUAACUCCAUCUUGCUUUUUGCAAGAAUUAUUGCCCCUUUUGGACUUAGAAAAUCAGUUUUCUUGGUUAACUUUUAUGUUUAGGUCAGCUUUUAUCCUAAACUAUCAAAGCUAUUCGUUUAAAACUUGCAACACUUGUUCACCAUCAUAAGCUGACCCUGUACAGCAAGAAACAUAACUCCAUCCUGCUUUUUUGCAAGAUUUAUGGCCCCUUUUGGACUUAGAAAAUAUCAGAUUUCUUGGUUAAGUUUUAUGUUUAGGUCAACUUUUUCUCUUAAACUAUCAAAGCUAUUGCUUUAAAACUUGCAACACUUGUUCACCAUCAUAAGCUGACUCUGUACAGCAAGCAACAUAACUCCAUCCUGCGUUUUGCAAUAAUUAUUGCCCCUUUUGGACUUAGAAAAAUCAUUUUCUUGGUUGAAUAUUAUGUUUAAGUCAACUUUUCUCAUAAACUAUCAAAGCUAUUGCUUUAAAACUUGCAACAGUUUUUCACCAUCAUAAGUGGACACUGUACAUCAAGAAACAUAACUCUAUCCUGCUUUUUGCAAGAGUGAUGGCCCUUUUUAGACUUAGAAAAUCAUGGGUAGGACAAUAUUUCUAUCAUACAAAAAAAAUCAGAUGAGCGUCAGCACCCGCAAGGCGGUGCUCUUGUUUUUUCUUCUCUCUGUGGACAAAUUUAGACAUGUUCCCACAUUCCAGAAUCUAUAUAUUGUAUUAUAAUAGCAGUAAGAUAAAAGAUUUAUUGAUUGAUUAUUUUGCUAGACACUAUAACAGAACGUCUUCAAGUUAUGAUAGUUUUAAAUUCUUCGUAAUUGUGUUUAUAAAAUAUCAUGUAGGUUAUAAAGCCCAGUAGAGUGGUCUCAAAGUCUUACAUUUUGCAUUUCUCAUCAGAAUGAUUAUAAAUAAAACCAGCCUUUCAUUCUUAAAACUAUUUGAAAUGUAAUACGCUAUAUAAGAAGUUGUAUUUAAAAAUUAUAUGUACAGUUCUGCAUGUGUUCACAAGUUUUGAAAUUGUAAGUUUUCUCUUUUUAGCUCGUCUGAUUUUUUAAAAAAAAAAUGAGUUAUUGUCAUCACUUGAUUGGCAUUGCCUGGUUAAGUUAUAUGUUUAGGUCAGCUUUUCUCCUAAACUAUCAAAGGUAUUGCUUUGAAACUUGCAACACUUGUUCACCAUCAAUAGCUGACCCUGUACAGCAAGAAACAUAACUCCAUCCUGCUUUUUGCAAGAAUUAUGGCCCCUUUUGGACUUAGAAAAUAUCAGAUUUCUUGGUUAAGUUUUAUGUUUAGGUCAACUUUUCUCCUAAACUAUCAAGGCUAUUGCUUUGAAACUUGCAGCAGUUGUUCACCAUCAUAAGCUGACCCUGUACAUUAAGAAACAUAACUUUAUCCUGCUUUUUGCAAGAAUUAUUGCCCCUUUUGGACUUAGAAAAUCAGAGUUUUUGGUUAAGUUUUAUGUUUAGGUCAGCUUUUCUCAUAAACUAUCAAAGCUAUUGCUUAAGUUUUAUGUUUAGGUCAGCUUUUCUCAUAAACUAUCAAAGCUAUUGCUUUAAACCUUGCAACACUUGUUCACCAUCAAUAGCUGACCCUGUACAGCAAGAAACAUAACUCCAUCCUGCUUUUUUGCAAGAAUUAUGGCCCCUUUUGGACUUAGAAAAUAUCAGAUUUAUUGGUUAAGUUUUUUUGUUUAGGUAAACUUUUCUUCUAAACUAUCAAAGCUAUUGCUUUGAAACUUUCAACAGUUGUUCACCAUCAUAAGCUGACUCUGUACAUCAAGAAACAUAACUCCAUCCUGCUUUUUGCAAGAAUUAUGGCCCUUUUUGGACUUAGAAAAUAAUGGGUAGGACAAUUUUUCUAUAAUACAAAAAAAAUCAGACGAGCGUCAGCACCCGCAAUGUGGUGCUCUUGUUUUUACCGGACAAUAGGUGGGCUUGAUUAAUUCCAAACUGGGCUUACCUUACCACAUGAUCGGUAUACCAAUAUGCACAGUGAUGUUUCGAUUAGGCUAUUCAGUAUAUGCUGCAGUUUUACAGAAUUUAUGCAUGCACAACUAACCUGACUGAAACAAAGUGCAAAUAGGUUGACAUUGGUGUACCAGGUGAAAUCUAUGUAUACAGUCGUACCCACCUAAUUUUGAUUAGACUGAUACUUGACAGUUUUCAGAAUCGUAUAGGAAAUUUGCUGUACAUUGGCUAUUCAUUUAUCUUUAUGAAGUAUUAUUAAUGCAGUGGUAAAUUAAUUAUUCUUUUAAGAUACUUUUUACUAUCAAGGAGGUGUGUGGGAAUAUAAUUUUGAAAAAUCAAAAGUAAAUUGAAUCAUGCGAACAAAUUUUCUUGGUUUAAUAAUACGUAUGGGCAUACUGACUUGAUUUAUUAUGCCCCCCUUCGAAAAAGGAGGGGUAUAUUGUUUUGCAGAUGUCGGUCGGUAGGUCGGUCGGUCGGAAUGUAGACCAAUGUAGUUGAUAGGGAGGUUGGUAAUGACCAGCAGAUGACCCCUAUUGAUUUUGAAGUCAGUAUAUUAAAGGUCAAGGUCACAAUGACCCUGCACAGUAAAACGGUUUCCGGAUGAUAACUCAAGAACGCUUAGGCCUAGUUUCACGAAAGUUGAUAGGGAGGUUGGUCAUCACCAGCAGAUGACCCCUAUUGAUUUUGAGGUCAGUAUGUCAAAGGUCAAGGUCACAGUGACCAGGAACAGUAAAGUGGUUUCCAGGCAAUAACUCUAGAACACUUGGGCCUAGUGUCAGGAAAAUUGAUAGUUAGAUUGGCCAUGACCAGCAAAUGACCCCUAUUGAUUUUGAGGUCAUUAGGUCAGAGGUCAAGGUCACAUUGGCCAGGAACAGUUAAAACGGUUUCUGAUCUUCUUGUCCAAAACCAUAGGGCCUAGGGCUUUGAUAUUUGGUUUGUAGCAAAAUCUAGUGGUCCUCUACCAAGAUUGUUCAGAUUAUUUCCCUGGGGUCAAAUAUGGCCCCUGCCGGGGGGUCACAUGGUUUAUAUAGACUUACAUAGGAAAAAACUUUGAAAAACCUCUUGUACAAAACCACAGGGCCUAGGGCUUUGAUAUUUUGUAUAUGACAUCAUCUAGUGGUCCUCUACUAAGAUUGUUCAAAUUAUUCCCCUAGGGUCAAAUAUGGCUCCGCCCUGGGGGUCACAUGGUUUACAUAGACUUAUAUUGGAAAAAAGUUUGAAAAUCUUCUUGUCCAAACCACAAAGACUAUGGCUUUGAUAUUCUGUAAUGUAGCAUCAUUUAGUGGUUCUCUACCAAGUCUGUUCAAAUUAUCCCUCUAGGGUCAAAUAUGGUCCCGCCCCAGGGGUCAUAUGGUUCAUAUAGACUUAUAUAGGGAAAAACUUAGAACCUUCAUGUCCAUAAAUUGCAUCAUUCAAAUUUGGACCAUAUGACAUUGUAUAGUUUUGAGUGGCAAGAUGAACCUUGACACGAGUUGACCUUGAUCUUGACCUAGUGACCUACUUUCACAUUUAUGUAGCUACAGCCUUCAAAUUUGGACCACAUGCAUAGGUUUGUGUACCGAAAAAAACUUUGACCUUGUUAUUGACCUAGUGACCUACUUUCACAUUUUUGAAGUUACAGGCUUCAGAUUUGGACCACAUGCAUAGUUUUGUGUUCCGAAAUAAAAUUUGACCUUGAUUUUGACCUAGUGACCUACUUUCACAUUUCUGAAGGUACAGGCUUCAAAUUUGGACCACUUGCAUAGUUUUAUGUUCCGAAAUAAAAUUUGACCUUGAUUUUGACCUAGUGACCUACUUUCACAUUUCUCAAGCUACAGCCUUCAAAUUUGAACCACAUGCAUAGUUUUGUGUACCGGAAUGAACUUUGAUCUUGAGAUUGACAUAGUGACCUGCUUUCACAUUUCUGAAGCUACAGGCUUCAAAUUUGGACUGCAUGCAUAUUUUUGUGUUCUGAAUUGAAAUUUGACAUUGAUUUUUACCUGUUACCUAUUUCUCAAGCUACAGCCUUCAAAUUUGAAGCACAUGCAUAUUUCUGUCAACCGAAAUGAACUUUGACCUUGAAAUUGAUCUAGUGACCUACUUUCAACUUUCUCAAGCCACAGCUUUCAAAUUUGGACCACAUACACAUUGUUUUGUACCGAAAUGAAAUUGGACAUUGAUUUUGACCUUGAGCUGGUCUUGAAAUUUGAAACAUUCAAAAAUGGCUCAAUGGAUGGCGCCAAGAUCACUCUGUAAUCUCUUGUUAGGUUAAUAGGUUAAAGGUCAAGGUCAGAUUAAACCAGAAUGGUAGAACUUUUGUUUACAGUGAGCAUAUAAUUUCUGUUCCUUGUGCAAUUACUGAAUGCAUCAAGGGGGGCAUUUCGUGUUCGACGAGCUCUUGUUUGUAAUUUUAUUUUGCCUCACCCAAAAAAUUUCCCACAGAUGUACCUGUUUUGACCCUAUUGAAAAAUUAUUUAUAUUUAUAUUCAGUUUUUGUAAAAAAAAAACAUGGCCUCCAGAGCUUAAACUAGAAGAAUCUUACUAGAAGAAUCUUCCAACAACCUACAGCUGGUCUAAUUUUUAGAAAUAGUUCCACAGGAAUGUUGCUGUUGUGACCCUCUCCCAAGAUUGUUUAAAUUAUUCCAGCUUGUCAAAAAAGAUAGCUGCCAGGGAUCAUGGCCUCUUUUUCCCCUGUAUGUGUAUUAUAAGGGACAAAUAUACAAGUCUUCUUUUCAGAAAAUGUGGGCCUAAUUUCAAAACAGUUUCACACAAGAGACCUUAUAACAAGGUUUGUCGUUGAGAAACAUGCCGUCAAUAGCAUGUAGACACUUAGCCUAUAUGUUUAUAGUGGAAACUUCAGAAGUAUUGUUUACAGAAGCUAUUGGUCCAAUUUUAGAAUAAUUUACUCUGUCUGAUUCAUAAAAAACUUGGAUGCAAGAGCAAAAAAUAGAAAAAUCAGUUGGUACAAUUAUAAAAAUACAUAAUUAAUGUCCAUUGGGUGACCCAAAUUUUUUGGAUUUGAAAAAAUGUUUUUAGUGGGAAAGAUUCAUAACAGAGACUGCAGGCCCAAAUCUUUUUACAGGAAUGUUUUAUGGGUGACCCUUUAACAAAAAUUUACAGAUUAUUCUGAUUUGCCAAAAUCAUGACUGCCAGACAUGGCCCUGUAUGUAUAUAGUUGGAAAUUUAAGAAUUCUUUUUGUCAAAAGCUGUUCAUGCCAUUUUAAAAUAAUGUCACAGAAUGUUCUUUGGGUGACGCUCUCUGAAGAAUGUUCAUAAUUAUUUUGAUUUGUCAUAAAACAUUGCAAAGUUGGUCUCCAUUUUUACCUCAUCUGAUUUUUUGAAAAAAAAUGAUGAGUUAUUGUCAUCACUUGAGCGGUUGUCGGCGUCGGCGUCGGCGUUGCCUGGUUAAGUUUUAUGUUUAGGUCAGCUUUUCUCCUAAACUAUCAAAGCUAUUGCUUUGAAACUUGGAAUACUUGUUCACCAUCAUAAGCUGACCCUGUAUAGCAAGAAACAUAACUCCAUCUUGCUUUUUGCAAGAUUUAUGGCCCCUUUUGUACUUAGAAAAUAUCAGAUUUCUUGGUUAAGUUUUAUGUUUAGGUCAACUUUUCUCCUAAACUAUCAAAGCUUUUGCUUUGAAACUUGGAAUACUUGUUCACCAUCAUAAGCAGACCCUGUACAUCAAGAAACAUAACUCCAUCUUGCUUUUUGCAAGAAUUAUUGCCCCUUUUGGACUUAGAAAAUCAGUUUUCUUGGUUAAGUUUUAUGUUUAGGUCAGCUUUUAUCCUAAACUAUCAAAGCUAUUCCUUUAAAACUUGCAACACUUGUUCACCAUCAUAAGCUGACCCUGUACAGCAAGAAACAUAACUCCAUCCUGCUUUUUGCAAGAUUUAUGGCCCCUUUUGGACUUAGAAAAUAUCAGAUUUCUUGGUUAAGUUUUAUGUUUAGGUCAACUUUUUCUCUUAAACUAUCAAAGCUAUUGCUUUAAAACUUGCAACUCUUGUUCACCAUCAUAAGCUGACCCUGUACAGCAAGCAACAUAACUCCAUCCUGCUUUUUGCAAUAAUUAUUGCCCCUUUUGGACUUAGAAAAAUCAUUUUCUUGGUUGAAUAUUAUGUUUAAGUCAACUUUUCUCAUAAACUAUCAAAGCUAUUGCUUUAAAACUUGCAACAGUUUUUGACCAUCAUAAGUGGACACUGUAAAUCAAGAAACAUAACUCUGUCCUGCUUUUUGCAAGAGUGAUGGCCCUUUUUAGACUUAGAAAAUCAUGGGUAGGACAAUAUUUCUAUUAUACAAAAAAAAUCAGAUGAGCGUCAGCACCCGCAAGGCGGUGCUCUUGUUGUAUAUGGCUCAAUGGAAAACUUUGAAGAUCUCUAAAUCUCACCAGCUUUCAAAAUUAUCUAAUAUUUCCUGUUAAAUUGGUUUGAGUUGUGAAACAAUGGUGAUCGAUACAGGGUCUACAUAUCUUGUAAUUUUGAGUAAUACUUAUUGCAGUUUUCAGAGAUAGGACCAGUUUGUACAGCUGAAAGUGCAUUCAAAUCUUUAUAAAAAUGUUUUAUGAACUUAAAUUUAUUUGGCACAAAACUGUAGUUGACUGUUUUAAGCAUAAAAUUGCUAGUUUGUGUGUAAUGAAAAAUUGGCUGUCUAAAAUAAUUCUUUAAUAAAUGUACAUGUACACAAAUGUAUAUAUAUCUUGGAAUAAUUAGUAGCAUAUUUAGAUCCCUAUAUUAUGUAGACAAUAAAAAAAAAAUAGAAAUUGUCAUUCAAA